AUGGCACACCUCCUCCUCCAACUUCUUCAUCGCGCGCCUGGGUCAACAGGGCCAUCACCGCUACCAUCACACGGUCCGGCAAGCUUCCCUAGGGGCCAUUCCCUUCCAACAAGCCCCAUCUGGCGAGUCCCGCUCCAGGGAGCUCCCUCCAGAUCUGCUGAGCCCCUCUCCACUAAGUCUCCCUUCUCCGGGUAUGCCGGGGCAAUUCUCCCCGUAUCAUUCAGCGGGCACAAAGCCACCGACGAGCCCGUCACCUCCGGGUUCGCCGCUUCGGCCCUCCGCUUGAAGCACGUCAAGAUUCCCAUCGAGGAUCCCAAGACGUAG